GCUCUCCAGAGACCAGACUUUGAGCCCCAGGGUCUGUCAGAAGCAGCCCGCUGGAACUCCAAAGAAAAUCUUUUGUCCGGACCCAGCGAGAAUGACCCCAACCUGUUUGUUGCACUCUAUGACUUUGUGGCCAGUGGGGACAACACUCUCAGCAUAACUAAAGGUAAGAGAAUCGUGUGUGUGUGUGUGUGUGUGAGGUGACAGAGAGAUUCUGUCUCGGUGGGAGUUGGGAUCAAUAUCUUAAAAUUCUUGUCAAUUCAGGAAUUGAGUUUCACUACUAUGACGUGACAUGAAAUGGAACGGCCCCCAGCUCUGCCCUGUGAGUCCAUCUCUGUGAGAGUACAUUAAUUUUCCAUCCAGACAGCCGUCAGAAAACCAUUUAUCUGUGCUCUGAAACGAUUAACAAUAAAACCGUCCAUCAUAGCCCAGAGAGCAUCAGGCUUUGUGAAAAUACUCCCUCUGGGAAUAUUGUGGUCAGGGAUCUGCCUCAGUCACUGGUCAUGGGGUCAAUGUGCAAAACGGCCCUCAGUCGCAGCAGUUAAACAGGACAGACGGAGUGUGUGUGUGUGCAUGAGUGUUCUCCUCUUCCUUAAACUUCUGACUGUGCUGAGAUGGGUACAGUGCCCUCCCAGGGGGAUGGGGAGGGUUUCGAGUGUGACGUAUCUGACUGGAAAUCCACAUAUUUGCGUCCCGUUCCCUAUCUCUCCCUAUGACGCUCACUUCCUGGCUGUCCGCUCACACGCAAGUUCUUUCCACUGGAGCAGCUGGAAAACAAUGCAGCAGUUGCAGGAGAGAGAGCGUGGAGGAUGGGAUGCAGAGGAAAACUUUAAAGGACUAGGAAAUACAGAUCCAAAACAUGUUAUGUAAUAUAUUAAAUAAGGUCGUCUAAUUUAUUUGGUCAUCUAAUUUAUAAGAAACAUUUAGGGGGUUGGGUUUGCUUCAUGCCUCCAAAUUGAAAAGUUCUUCCAAUUUAUUCAGAGUCACAGAUUUAAUCUUAAAGUUUAGAAAUAAGUAUAUUAUCAGCUAUUGACACUUGCAGUAAAGCGUUUUGUGAAUUGUAGUUUUAUGCUGAGCCGCUAUGUAAACUUAAGUCUAAAACUGGGAGCAGACAGUGAUGUCAACCCUGCUAACCUCAAGACCAACGGAAAGAAACCUAGUGUCACAAUCUGAGUAAACAUUGUAUUAGAUACAGUGGAUUCCUGAGUCAAAGAUUGACCAGCCUAGCUCAGUUUCAGAAUAGUGGGCAUGUGGCAUAGUGUCACCUCAGACUAACAACACUUUCAUGUUUGUCUAUGACGCAAAUGGAAAAACAGUUAGCACAGUCUCCUCGUAAGCAUAGCCUCAACUGUGUCAAAUCUAUAACCUUUAUAGAGAGGAUAGUCACUAUACUAGUAACUUAUAGCAAGCAACCAUUCUAUAGCAAGUCUCUUUUACAUGUGAAGUUUAUCCUGUAGCAGUUGAAAUAUAGGCCUACUUGGAGUGGUGUCUAUGUACAUCACCUGCCAUACUCAUAUAAGGUCUCACUGUAGAUACCCCCUGUAGUUUCCCCUGAUUUCACCCUAAUGGCAUGUCCCCCGUGCAGGAGAGAAGCUGCGAGUCCUGGGUUACAACCAUAAUGGGGAGUGGUGCGAGGCGCAGACCAACCACGGCCAGGGCUGGGUGCCCAGUAAUUACAUCACUCCGGUCAACAGCCUGGAGAAGCACAGCUGGUACCAUGGGCCUGUGUCGCGCAACGCAGCAGAGUACCUGCUCAGCUCGGGCAUCAACGGCAGCUUCCUGGUCAGGGAGAGCGAGAGCAGCCCCGGGCAGAGGUCCAUCUCACUGCGCUACGAGGGACGCGUCUACCACUACAGGAUCAACACGGCCUCCGACGGGAAGGUGAGGAUAGACAGUACACACAGACAGUACACACAGACAGUACACACAGACAGUACACACCCAAACAUCCAACAUCUAUUCUAUCACAUCACCACAGCACAUCUUUAUAUGAAAUGGUGCCCCAGAGACUAUGUCCCCAAGUUCUAAACAGCCAGUGGUUUUAUCUCUCUCUCUGGCUAACAGUGAUUAUCUGAGGCAGCUGUAAGUGGCCUGACUGUCAGUGGGCUUUAGUGGAGGUCUCCACAGAGCAGCUUAUUCUACCCCCUCUGGGAAAGGCUCAUUUAGAGAGGACAUGGCAGGUCUGGACAUGGCAGGUCUGGAGCUGGUUAAGGUCAGAGGCCUACGUUCCAACACUCUAAAAUGGCCUCUCCUCUCCUUCAUGACCGCUGACCUCUAAAGGUAUCAGAAAGAUGCUGGGGGCCAAAUCCAGGUGAAGAUACAGACAGUGGGAAAAAUGAGGACCCAAUAGUGCAGUAUCAACCAAGUAUAUUUUCACCUCGAUCAUAAUCAUCACCUUUCAUUGUAGAAGCCUGUACUGUCUACCUCAGUUUGAAGGGAGCUUGAAGGAAAGGAGGCCUUAUAUUACUAUUAGGACACACCCUGCUUGUGUGCUACACCAACCCUUAAUAGUGGUCAUGAGGAAAGGAGACAGAGAAAGGAGCCAGAGAAAGGAGCCAUAUAUGAAUAUUAGGAUAGUCAGUCUGCCAACCGUCUUCUCUCCUCUCUUGACCCAGCUGUCUGUCCGGCCAGCUGAGGUAAACCACUGCAGCAUUCCUUACUGCACAGAGGUGAGCGAGUGGAUCGGCAGCCACCAGACAAGGACAGACCAGCACAAGCACACACACACACACACACACACACACAGACUCACACACUCGUACUUUAACACACGCACACACAGACUUUCAAUCUCCCACCCUCCCUACCCCCUGCAGUUCCACUAUCUCCCACUGUACUUAUAUUCAGCCGUCUGGAAUGCAGACUUUUCCAAUAUCUGUACCUCAUCUCUCCUGUCUGUGGAACACUCCUCAUAUCACCCCACGCAACACAGAUUGAGUGAUUAACAGUAUUCUGAUCAGCCCAGAUUCCUGCGUUAAUGAAAUAGAUCCCCUGCUGGGAUGAUUGUUCCUGAGAGACAGGCCCUGCUUACGUAAGUGUUCAAGCUGGAGCUUUAGUCUCUUCAUUGUUCAAGACCUUCGGAUGCUGCUCUUUUCAGGUUUUUCUUUAACUAUCCAUCUGCUCAGUCAGUACCUACCUACAUUAUAUCCAUUUACAUUCUGUUAAACUAUAAAAAGCCAUCCAUUUGUGAAGAUGUGCAGACUACAAAAUGUUUCUAGAGUGGAACAGGCCAUGCAUAGCACACUGAACACAGGAUCUGGGACUGAGGUCUUAUGUAAGACAUGGACAAUGGAAAAGACUGUGUCCAGUCAGCCUUGACCAAGAUCCCUCACCAGAGAUUGUCUGCAGCUGGAAAGUGCAUUUCUUGCUCCCAAUGCUUUUUGAGAGUGUUGCUGCUAUUCCACAUAUUAUCCAGCCAGUUCAGUUGGUUCAUUUUACAGAAGAAUCUAUCCUCUUUGCUGCAUUGUUCAUACUUGCUGCAGCAUAUGGAGCUGGAUUUAAACCCACAACUCGUUUUUCUGAAUCUCCUUACUGUUAUGGGUUUAAGUCAUACAAUCUGUUAUGGGAUUAACAGUCAUACAAUGUAAACUCAAAACGGCAUCUCCCUCUCUCCAGCUAUACGUGUCGUCUGAGAGUCGUUUUAACACCCUGGCAGAGCUGGUGCACCACCACUCCACGGUGGCCGACGGCCUCAUCACCACGCUGCACUACCCAGCGCCCAAACGCAACAAGCCCACCAUCUACGGCGUGUCACCCAACUACGACAAGUGGGAGAUGGAGCGUACUGACAUCACCAUGAAGCACAAGCUGGGAGGAGGGCAGUAUGGCGAGGUCUACGAGGGGGUCUGGAAGAAGUACAGCCUCACUGUGGCUGUCAAGACCCUCAAGGUACGCAGGGAGAUUUGUUGGGAGUUCAGGGAGUGAGAUUGGACCAUCAGAAUGAGUUAAUGACAAUGUCAAUAUCGUCUGUUAGCUGCUGAAAUCUUAGUUAGGCAGAUGGAAAAUAAGAGUGCGGUUUCAGAUGACGUGAUGGGAUCUGAGACUGGAAACCGUGCUGAGUAUACCACCUCCUGGUGGCACAUAGGUGUAGAACAGAGACAUCUGCUGAGCAAACACACUUAUUGUAAAGCUUCUAUAGGUAGUUCCAUGUAGAAAACAUGUAACGAUGGCCUCUAGAUGUAGCUAUCUGUUUGAAUGUAUUUUCUCCUGAUGUGUGUGGUUGACCCUCUAGUCCUGUUCUCACCCACUCAGGAGGACACCAUGGAGGUGGAGGAGUUCCUGAAGGAGGCUGCUGUCAUGAAGGAGAUCAAACACCCCAACCUGGUACAGCUACUGGGUGAGUUACUGUGGAACAACACUUUUCAGUUGCAGAUGUCCUAUAAUUGUCUCUUCCUGAAAAGCAACUCUGUACUGCCAUUGUCAGUGCUGUAACUAGCUUUGUCCCUCUCUCUCUGUCAGGCGUGUGCACGCGGGAGCCUCCGUUCUACAUCAUCACAGAGUUCAUGACCCAUGGCAACCUGCUGGACUACCUGAGGGAGUGUAACAGGGAGGAGGUGAACGCUGUGGUGCUGCUCCACAUGGCCACGCAGAUCUCCUCCGCCAUGGAGUACCUGGAGAGGAAGAACUUCAUCCACAGGUGAGACAUGACACUCUCUCUCUUCCCAUUUCUUCCCCUUCUUCACUCAUCUUUCCUGCUCCUCACUCUUUCAUCACUUGUCCUCUUCUCGACCUAGACAAAGAAAUUAUACAGUGCAUUCGGAAAGUAUUCAGACCCCUUGACUUUUUCCACAUUUUCUUAUGUUAUAGCCUUAUUCUAAAAUUGAUUAAAUUGUUUUCCCCCCCUCAACAUUUUUUUGUGUGCAAAUUUAUAAAAAUGUAAAAACUGAAAUUACAUUUCCAUAAGUAUUCGGACCCUUUACUCAGUACUUUGUUGAAGCACCUUUGGCAGUGAUUACAGCCUCAAGUCUUCUUGGGUAUGACGCUACAAUCUUGGCACACCUGUAUUUGGGGAGUUUCUUCCAUUCUUCUCUGCAGAUCCUCUCAAGCUCUGUUAGGUCUCUCCAGAGAUCGUGUUCAAGUCCGGGCUCAGGCUGGGCCACUCAAGGACAUUCAGAGACUUGUCCCGAAGCCACUCCUGCGUUGUCUUGGCUGUGUGCUUAGGGUCGUUGUUCUGUUGGAAGGUGAACCUUCGCCCCAGUCUGAGGUCCUGAACGCUCUGGAGCAGGUUUUCAUCAAGGAUCUCUCUGUACUUUGCUCUGUUCAUCUUUCCCACGAUCCUGACUAGUCUCCCAGUCCCUGCCGCUGAAAAACAUCUCCAUAGCAUGAUGCUGCCACCACCAUGCUUUACCGGAGGGAUGGUGCCAAGUUUCCUCAAGACAUGAUGCUUGUUAUUCAGGCAAAAGAGGUCAAUCUUGGUUUCAUCAGACCAGAGAAUAUUGUUUCUCAUGGUCUGAGAGUCUUUAGGUGGCUUUUGGCAAACUCCAAGCGGGCAGUCAUGUGCCUUUUACUGAGGAGUGGCUUCCGUCUGGCCACUCUACCAUAAAGGCCUGAUUGGUGGAGUGCUGCAGAGAUGGUUGUCCUUCUGGAAGGUUCUCCCAUCUCAACAGAGGAACUCUGGAGCUAUGUCAGAAUGACCAUCGGGUUUUUGGUCACCUCCCUGUCCAAGGCCCUUCUCCCCUGAUUGCUCAGUUUGGCCGGACGGCCAGCUCUAGGAAGAGUCUUGGUGGUUCCAAAUUACUUCCAUUUAAGAAUGAUGGAGGGCACUGUGUUCUUGGGGACCUUCAAUGCUGCAGACAUUUUUUUGUACCCUUCCCCAGAUCUGUGCCUCGACACAAUCCUGUCUCGGAGCUCUACAGACAAUUCCUUCGACCUCAUGGCUUGGUUUUUGCUCUGACAUGCACUGUCAACUGUGGGACCUUAUAUAGACAGGUGUGUGCCUUUCCAAAUCAUGUCCAUUCAAUUGAAUUUACCACAGGUGGACUCCAAUCAAGUUGUAGAAACAUCUCAAGGAUGAUCAAUGGAAACAGGAUCCACCUGAGCUCAAUUUUGAGUCUCAUAGCAAAGGGUCUGAAUAAGUUAUUAUUAUAAAAACAUUUUGUAUAGAUUUGCAAACAUUUCAAAAAAACUGUUUUCGCUUUGUCAUUAUGGGGUAUUGUGUGUAGAUUGAUGAGGAAACAUUUUAAUUUAAUACAUUUUAGAAUAAGGCUGUAACGUAAGAAAGUGGAAAAAGUCAAGUGGUCUGAAUACUUUAAGAAUGCGCUGUAUGUGUGCUUUUGCUGUGAGAUUGACUUUGCCCCAGCAUGUUUUAUGAUAGAAGGUGAUAUGAUUUAUAUCCUCUCGUCGAUUGUCAAGCUUGUCGAGACUCCGCUUCUUGCUCAAGUGCGCACACAACUCCAACACUUCAAGACAUGGAUAUUAGAAGAGAUUGCCAUCCAAAAUAAAUACAUAGUGCUGCCUUUGACGCCAUGCCCCCUCUGUCUCCUGUCUUUGCUCCAGGGACCUGGCAGCCCGUAACUGUCUGGUAGGGGAGAACCACCUGGUGAAAGUGGCAGACUUUGGGCUGAGCAGGCUGAUGACGGGGGACACGUACACGGCCCACGCUGGGGCCAAGUUCCCCAUCAAGUGGACUGCCCCAGAGAGCCUGGCGUACAACAAGUUCUCCAUCAAAUCUGACGUCUGGGGUGAGUUUGGAUAUGACAAAGUAACUCAGACAAAUGUAUUUCUGAUAUGUAGAAUGACUUAUACUGAACAAAAAUAUAAAUACCACAUGUAAAGUGUUGGUCCCAUGUUUCAUGAUCUAAAAUAAAAUAUCCCAGACAUUUUCCAAACGCACAAAAAGCUUAUUUCUCUAAAAUGUUGUGCACAAAUUAGUUUACAUCCUUGUUAGUGAGCAUUUCUCCUUUGCCAAUUUAAUCCAUCCACCUGAAAGGUAUGGCAUAUCAAGAAGCUGAUUAAACAGCAUGAUCAUUACACAGGUGCACCUUGUGCUGGGGAUAAUAAAAGGCCACUAAAAUGUGCAGUUUUGUCACACAACACAAUGCCACAGAUGUCUCAAGUUUUGAGGGAGUGUGUAAUUGGCAUGCUGACUGCAGGAAUGUCCACCAGAGAAUUGAAUGUUCAUUCAACGUUGUUUUAGAGAAUUUGGCAGUACGUCCAACCGGCCUCACAACUGCAGGCCACGUGUAACCACACCAAGCCAGGACCUCCACAUCCAACUUCACCUGCGGGAUCGUCUGAGACCAGCCACCCGGACAGGUGAUGAAACUGUGGUUUUGCAUAACCAAAGAAUUUCUGCACAAACUGUCAGAAGACAUCUCAGGGAAGCUCAUCUGCGUGCUCGUCGUCCUCACAAGGGUCUUGACCUGACUGCAGUUCGGCGUCAUAACCGACUUCAGUGGGCAAAUGCUCACCUUCGAUGGCCACUGCCACGUGUGCUCUUCACGGAUGAAUCCCUGUUUCAACUGUACCGGGAAGAUGGCAGACAGCGUGUAUGGCGUCGUGUGGGCAAGCGGUUUGCUGAUGUCAACGUUGUGAACAGAGUGCCCCAUGGUGGCGUUGGGGUUAUGGUAUGGGCAGGCAUAAGCUACAGACAAGGAACACAAUUGCAUUUUAUCGAUGGCAAUUUGAAUGCACAGACAUACCGUGACGAGAUCCUGAGGCCCAUUGUCGUGCCAUUCAUCCUCCGCCAUCACCUCAUGUUUCAGCAUGAUAAUGCAUGGCCCCAUGUUGAAAGGAUCUGUACACAAUUCCUGGAAGCUGAAAAUGUUCCAGUUCUUCCAUGGCCUGCAUACUCACCAGACAAUGUCACCCAUUCAGCAUGUUUGGGGUGCUCUGGAACGACGUGUACGACAGCGUGUUCCAGUUCCAGCCAAUAUCCAGCAACUUCGCACAGCCAUUAAAGAGGAGUGGGCCAACAUUCCACAGGCCACAAUCAACAGCCUGAUCAACUCUAGGCCUAAUUUAUUUAUUUAAAUUGACUGACUUCCUUAUAUGAAAUGUAACUCAGUAAAAUGUUGCGUUUAUAUUUUUGUUCAGUGUAUACCAUUUAUGAUUACAAUGUCAUUAAUAAUAAUGGACUCAUCUCUGUACUUCAUCCCAAACUCCCAGCGUUCGGAGUGUUGCUAUGGGAGAUCGCCACCUAUGGGAUGUCUCCGUACCCUGGCAUAGACCUCUCCCAGGUGUAUGAGCUCCUAGAGAAGGACUACCGCAUGGACCGGCCGGAGGGCUGCCCAGAGAAGGUCUACCAGCUCAUGAGGGCGUGUGAGUACACAUACACUGAGUGUACAAAACAUUAGGAACCUUGCUCUUUCCAUGACAUAGACUGACCAGGUGAAUCCAGGUGAAAGCUAUGAUCCCAUAUUGAUGUUUCUUGUUAAAUCCACUUAAAUCAGUGUAGAUUAAGGGGAGGAGACAGAUUAAAUAAGGAUCUUUAAGCCUUGAGACAAUUGAGACGUAGAUUGUGUAUGGGUCCCGUGUGGCUCAGUUGGUAGAGCAUGGCGCUCGCAACGCCAGGGUAUGAAAAGUAUGAAAAUGUAUGCAUUCACUACUGUAAGUUGCUCUGGAUAAGAGCGUCUGCUAAAUGACUAAAAUGUAAAUUCCAUUCAGAGGGUGAAGAUUUUAAGAUUUAAGUGCCUUUGAAAGGGGUAUGGUAGUAGGUGCUAGGGCGCACCGGUUUGAGUGUAUUAGAAACUGCAACGCUGCUGGGUUUUUCACACUCAACAGUUUCCCAUGUGUAUCAAGAAUGGUCCAUCACCCAAAGGACAUCCAGCCAACUUGACACAACUGUGGGAAGCAUUGGAGUCAACAUGGGCCAGCAUCCCUGUGGAACGCUGUCGACACCUUGUAGUCCAUGCCCCAACGAUGUGAGGCUGUUCUGAGGGCAAAAGGGGGUGCCUAAUGUUUUGUACACUCGGUUUUCAUCGGUCUAUGGCACAGCCUGGCUUAACCAGUCAGUAAAAAAAGAAGUAAAAUAACAAGACACAUUCAAAUCAUGCACACUGUUUUUUUGACUGGUACCAAACCUAAUUUCCUGGGUUUGGUCUAGAAGGGAUACAGCUUUUGCAGCAGAUUAAGAUAAUUAACGUAGCAGGUUAGGAUAAUUAGGUUAAGUUUAGGGAAAGGGUUAGCUAAAAUCCACCAAAAAAAAUCUACUUUUGACUUAAUUUAACAUAAGCUGUAUCCCUUCUAGACAUGACCAAUUUCCUAUUCUCUCCUCUCCCAGGCUGGAAGUGGAACCCUGCGGAACGGCCCUCCUUUGCAGAGACCCACCAGGCCUUUGAGACCAUGUUUCAGGAGUCCAGCAUUUCUGACGGUGAGAACACCCGUCUCGUCACAAUUACACACGUUAUAUCUGAAUUGAAGACCGCAACUACAACUUCCAUUUGAGGUAUUACAGUGAGGGAAAAAAGUAUUUGAUCCCCUGCUGAUUUUGUACGUUUGCCCACUGACAAAGACAUGAUCAGUCUAUAAUUUUAAUGGUAGGUUUAUUUGAACAGUGAGAGACAGAAUAACAACAAAAGAUUCCAGAAAAAAGCAUGUCAAAAAUGUUAGAAAUUGAUUUGCAUUUUAAUGAGGGAAAUAAGUAUUUGACCCCUCUGCAAAACAUGACUUAGUACUUGGUGGCAAAACCCUUGUUGGCAAUCACAGAGGUCAGACGUUUCUUGUAGUUGGCCUCCAGGUUUGCACACAUCUCAGGAGGGAUUUUGUUCCACUCCUCUUUGCAGAUCUUCUCCAAGUCAUUAAGGUUUCGAGGCUGACGUUUGGCAACUCAAACCUUCAGCUCCCUCUACAGAUUGGGAUUAAGUUCUGGAGACUGGCUAGGCCACUCCAGGACCUUAAUGUGCUUCUUCUUGAGCCACUCCUUUGUUGCCUUGGCCGUGUGUUUUGGGUCAUUGUCAUGCUGGAAUACCCAUCCAUGACCAAUUUUCAAUGCCCUGGCUGAGGGAAGGAGGUUCUCACCCAAGAUUUGACGGUACAUGGCCCCGUCCAUCGUCCCUUUGAUGCAGUGAAGUUGUCCUGUCCCCUUAGCAGAAAAACACCCCCAAAGCAUAAUGUUUCCACCUCCAUGUUUGACGGUGGGGAUGGUGUUCUUGGGGUCAUAGGCAGCAUUCCUCCUCCUCCAAACACGGCGAGUUGAGUUGAUGCCAAAGAGCUCGAUUUUGGUCUCAUCUGACCACAACACUUUCACCCAGUUCUCCUCUGAAUCAUUCAGAUGUUAAUUGGCAAACUUCAGACGGCCCUGUAUAUGUGCUUUCUUGAGCAGGGGGACCUUGCGGGCGCUGCAGGAUUUCAGUCCUUCACGGCGUAGUGUGUUACCAAUUGUUUUCUUGGUGACUAUGGUCCCAGCUGCCUUGAGAUCAUUUUCAAGAUCCUCCCGUGUAGUUCUGGGCUGAUUCUUCACCAUUCUCAUUGCAACUCCACGAGGUGAGAUCUUGCAUGGAGCCCCAGGCCGAGGGAGAUUGACAGUUCUUUUGUGUUUCUUCCAUUUGCGAAUAAUCGCACCAACUGUUGUCACCUUCUCACCAAGCUGCUUGGCGAUGGUCUUGUAGCCCAUUCCAGCCUUGUCCCUGACAUCCUUGGAGAGCUCUUUGGUCUUGGCCAUGGUGGAGAGUUUGGAAUCUGAUUGAUUGAUUGCUUCUGUGGACAGGUGUCUUUUAUACAGGUAACAAACUGAGAUUAGGAGCACUCCCAUUAAGAGUGUGCUCCUAAUCUCAGCUCGUUACCUGUAUAAAAGACACCUGGGAGCCAGAAAUCUUUCUGAUUGAGAGUGGGUCAAAUACUUAUUUCCCUCAUUAAAAUGCAAAUCAAUUUAUAACAUUUUUGAUAUGCGUUUUUCUGGAUUUAUUUGUUGUUAUUCUGUCUCUCACUGUUCAAAUAAACCUACCAUUAAAAUUAUAGACAGAUCAUUUCUUUGUCAGUGGGCAAACGUACAAAAUCAGCAGGGGAUCAAAUACUUUUUCCCCUCACUGUAGCUGUAGGUUUUGUGCUAGAGUUGCAAAAAAAUCGGAUCGAGAGAUUUGGGUCAUUACCAUUUCAGUUUAGAAGAGUUAGUUUGCCAUCUGUUUUCCAGGUGCUGUACUUCAGAGUAGUUUAAGGGUUAUCAGAGGAAGUAGUAGGUUAAUACAGUCUCUGAUGUUUGUGUGUGUGUAUUAUGUGACAGAGGUGGAGAAGGAGCUGGGGAAGAAAGGGAAGAAGGUGACACUGGCCCCCAUCCAACAGGCUCCACAGCUGCCCACCAAGACCAGGACCCUCCGUAGGAACGUGGACAGAGACGGAGACAGCCCUGGUGAGACUCACCUACCCCUCGUCCCAAUGCACUGCACCCUAAAGUGGAUGCAACCCAUAUUUAACAGAUGCCAAAACAUCAUUGGGACAAUUUGUCUUUCUUCUACUACAUUGUCUUCUGAUGAUUUUUCUGUGUUGAGUGUUACUCAAACAACUGAUGAUUUGCAUAUCUGUGUGUUCACCCAGACGCUGUGGAGCCGGAGGUGGCCGUGUCCCCCAUGCUCCCCAGGAAAGAGCGUCCGUUCCUGGACAGCAACCUGAAUGAGGACGACCGCCUCCUGCCCAAAGACAAGGACAAGUCCCGGAACAGCCUCUUCAACCUCAUCAAGAAGAAGAAGAAGACGGCGCCCGCCCCGCCCAAACGCAGCAGCUCUUUCAGGGAGAUGGACGGACACGCAGAGAGACUGAGGCUAGCGCCCGACCAACGAGACGACUUCAACAACGUCUCCAUAGCCUUCAGUGAUACACAUACCAUCGACCCCAGCAAGUUCCCGAGCACUAACAACAACGGGGUAGGGGGUAUUACCAACGGGGGCCCCACCUACCCGGGCCCCCUGUUCCCCCCGCAUCAUGCCAGGAAGAAAGGUACGCUGGUGGUGCCCAGUGUAGUCGGUAAAACAGCCACCACCCCACCCAGUGAAGAGGAUAUAGUGUCUAACUCCAAGCGUUUCCUGCGCUCCUCCUCGGCCUCUAGCAUGCCCCCGGGCUCGGAGCGCACUGAGUGG